AUGUCUGUUUUUCAUGAUGAGGUAGAAAUUGAAGAUUUUGAUUUUGAUGAAGAAAAAAGUGUUUAUUGGUAUCCAUGUCCUUGUGGUGAUCGUUUUGAAAUUACAAAAGAAAUGUUGGAGUUAGGUGAAGAUGUGGCAACGUGUCCUAGUUGUUCAUUAAUUAUUAGAGUUAUAUAUGAUCCAGAAAUGUUUUCAAAUAUGGAGACUAUUUCAAUUACCGUUAAAGCUUCAGCAUAA